AUGCCCAAGGACGCAGCCGUGUUCAACAAGAGCAAGCCCAAGGGCGUUGUCAACUUCUACCCCUUCGAGAGGCUGGACGAAGCGUCGCUCAGCCAGGUCAGGAAGUUCCAGGUCUACCCUCUCGGGAAGAUACAGGAGUACUCCCGGCAUAUCCCCUACAACAGCGGGAAGAAGGAUUUCUACGAGAAGACUGGUCGAGAAAGCUUCGAAGUCUUUCAAUAUGUUUUCAGAGUCCCCGGAGACGACGCCGAGUAUGCUGUCAUGUGGGACUACAACGUCGGCCUCGUUCGCAUGACUCCUUUCUUCAAAUGUUGCAAAUAUCCCAAGACAACCCCAGCCAAGAUGCUGAAUUCGAAUCCCGGCCUCAAGGAGAUCACCCACAGCAUCACGGGAGGCUCAAUCAUGGCUCAAGGCUAUUGGAUGCCGUAUCACUGCGCAAAAGCCGUCUGCGCGACCUUCUGCCACAACAUCGCAGGAGCUCUGAUCCCGAUAUUUGGACCCGACUUCCCUUCGCUCUGCACGCCGGCCGAGGCGCCAGAGUACAGCCGCAUGAUCAUCGAUCCCGCGGUCGUGAUCCAAUCCACACGCGAGGCGGACCACUUCCGCCGGCUGUAUAGCAAUAUGGUGACCUCGGGGAGCAACAACGGCAACAGUAACGGCAACCUGAGCCCCAAGCGAGACCGUCGCGUGUUCCGGAGCCAGUACGACGACAGCGGUAGCGGCAGUAGCAGACACCACCCUCGUCACAACCAUCGCAUCCGGAAACCCUUCAUCUGCGACAGCCCCUAUGCUACGGACACCGACGGCGAGAUCUCGCCCGCCACGGGCCGGGGCAGUAUGGGCCGAGAGCAGCACCGCUUCAUGUACUCGCCGAUCACAUCCGUAGCGCCCCUCCGACCCAGCAACGGCGGCGGCGGUUGGACGCCAGCCAACCAGCCUCCUCACCCUCUGCCUCUCGCUCUUCCUCCUCCGCAUCCACACCCACAUGGACACUCGCACUCCCAUUCCCACUACGAGACCCCCGGUCCCAGUCCUUGGCUCAGCGCGGUCCCGCGGUUCACGACGACAGCGCAUCUGCCGCCUCCGUACCCAUCUCCGCACGCCCAACCGCAAUCCCACUACCCACAUCCACACCCAAACACUCACUCCCAUCCCCAUGCUCACUCCCAGACACAACCCCAUCCGCAUCCGCAUUCCCACUCACAGUCCCAUCCGCGCCUCCGCCCUCACCCACUCCCGCCCCCGCUCCCUCAGCCCUGGCGCGCCAAGCGCCCAGCCGAGCACAUCGACCCGGACUACGAGUACGAUAGCCACAGCCACAGCCAACGGAGCCAACACACAGCAGCAGCCACGACGUCGUUUUCCCGACCCUCAUCCGCCUCCAAAGCCACGACCACGACCGCCACGUUGAGCCCGCUCGACGACAAGCGGACGGAUGCUGCGGGUGCGUCGGCGCUUGGAGCGGACAAGAAGGCCGCGCUGCUGCUGAUGAACCUCAGCGUGCGGGAUUCGUUGGGGAUGGGGAAGGGGAAGGCGCGAGAAGGUGGUGUGGGAGGGGGUGCUGGUGGAGGAGGAGGAGGAGGAAGCAUGGGUGGAAUGGGUGGUUUAGGUGGUAUUGCCGGUGGUGGUGGAGGGCUUGCUAACGGGAUGACGACGCCGGAGACGACUUCGCCUCGUGAUGGGGCGUUCCCGCGGAUCAAGAGGAUUCGGUCCAAUUCGAUGUAG